AAGGUGUAUUGGCAACAAAAAGUUCCUCCAAGAUGGACUAUUUUUUGGAUGUUGAGUCUGCUCACAGACUGAUGUUAUACAGUCAAGGAGCUCAAGCUCGCCGGGCGACCCUGCUCACCGUACCCACAUUAAUGGCGGCAUCUUCGGAGGAGGAGAUAGACCGGAGACCCAUCAGGAGAGUCAGGUCCAAGAGUGACACCCCUUACCUCGCAGAGGCCAGGAUCUCCUUCAAUCUUGGGAGAGAGAGAUCAUAUGAAGCAGAGAUGGGAAACGACCUUCUAAGUUAUCUGCUCCAUUCCCCUUUCAAUGAAGCUGACGAAGUGGAAAGACUGGCUGCAAUGCGUUCAGACUCUCUAGUACCAGGCACCCACACUCCUCCAAUCAGGCGAAGAAGUAAGUUUGCCAAUAUAGGAAGGAUUUUCAAGCCAUGGAAAUGGAGGAAGAAGAAGAGUGAAAAGUUCAAACACACUUCUGCAGCUCUGGAAAGAAAAAUAUCAAUGAGGCAAAGCAGAGAGGAGCUGAUAAAACGAGGAGUCUUGAAGGAAAUCUAUGAUAAAGAUGGGGAGCUUUCCAUACCAAAUGAAGGAUCAUUGGAGAAUGGGCAGGCUCUGAGCUCCAGCCAGAUUUCACUACCAGGCCUAGCAGAACUGGAAUCAGGUUCCACGUCUGGGGAACCCUGUUCGUAUGAGGUGCUCCCAACCACAGAUAUAAUGGAUGGGACAGUGUCUGAAGAGAGCCCCAGAUCCAGUGAGUCUGGAGUCCUCCUGUCCCAAGAUCCUUCAGCUAAACCAGUCCUGCUACUUCCCCCCAAAAAAUCUGCUGCUUUCCCUGGAGACCAUGAGGACACCCCAGUGAAACAGCUGUCCCUCCUCAAACAGCCCCCUGCCCUGCCUCCUAAACCCAUUGCCAGGAUUGCCAACCACUUAACUGAUCCUGGCGGUCCUAUGAAACUGCCUUGUAUGCCAGUUAAACUAUCGCCUCCGCUACCUCCAAAGAAAGUCAUGAUUUGCAUGCCUUUAGGGGGGCCAGACCUCUCUCUUGGGUCCUAUUCCAUGCAGAAGAGUUCCCAGCAGCCUUUGGCUCCACACCACCAUUCUGUACUGCCAUCCCAAUUAGCAGCGCACCAGCACCAGCUUCCGUAUGGCAGCCACAGCCAGCAUCUGCCUUCUGGAUCCAGCUCAUUACCUAUUCACCCUUCAGGGUGCCGGAUGAUAGAUGAAUUGAACAAGACACUGGCCAUGACCAUGCAGAGGCUAGAAAGCUCUGGUUUACACCCGGGUGACAGUGUCACGAAAACAGGACCUGGAGGCCUUUCAGACAUGAGACAAGUGCCAACCGUUGUGAUCGAAUGCGAUGACGAUAAAGAAAAUAUGCCUCAUGAAUCUGAUUAUGAAGAUUCUUCCUGCCUUUACUCAAGAGAGGAAGAGGAUGAUGAGGAAGAUGAGGAUGAUGAUAGCUCAUUAUUUACAAGUUCUCUGGCAAUGAAAAUCUGCAGGCAGGAUUCUUUAGCAAUCAAACUUAGCAACAGGCCCUCCAAACGAGAGCUGGAGGAAAAGAACAUCCUCCCAAAGCAGACUGAUGAGGAGAGACUUGAACUGAGGCAGCAGAUUGGAACAAAGCUAACAAGACGACUGAGCCAGAGGCCCACUGCUGAGGAACUGGAGCAGAGGAACAUUCUGAAACCUCGGAAUGAACAAGAGGAGCAGGAGGAAAAACGGGAGAUAAAGAGAAGAUUAACACGCAAGCUGAGCCAAAGGCCCACAGUGGAAGAGCUGCGUGAGAAAAAGAUCCUCAUCCGCUUCAGUGACUACGUGGAAGUGGCAGAUGCUCAGGACUACGACAGGAGGGCGGACAAACCCUGGACGCGACUCUCAGCCGCCGACAAAGUUUCAUAGACCGUAGCAGUUCAAUUCUACUUGACUACUAUGCCAUCUUUAAAACCUAACUAAAAAGAACCGUGUGAUUGGUCACCUGAAUAACAUGUUACUGCUUCUGCAUGCCGACUGGACAGCUGAAACUUUAUAAACAGGAGGAGAGCACUUCCAAAAAUGACCAGCAAAUACUUACAUUCACACACACAUACCCAUGUUCACAUGCAAAUAGGGUUAUGACACGCAGAACAUCCAUCCCCCAAUGUUCCUGCAAAUAAACCCACUUUGUACAAAUAUCCAUGGAAGAAAAGGAUGAAAACUUGGCCAACAGAAAUGGUUACAAAUGCCCACUGCUCACCCAGCUCUAAUUUAGUAUCACUUCUAUAAAAACGAAGUAUGUGAAGGGUACAUUAACUGCUUUUCCAUGCGUCUCUCAUACUCCAGAACCAGUUGCAUUUUCCAGCUGAUAUACAAGUGUAUGUACAUAGUUUGUCUUUGUAUAGGAGUGAAUGUGGUGACUGUCAAUCAUGUGCUCUUCCAGUAUUGUAAUUUAACAGAUUAUGACUGUAUGAAAACUGUGUAAAUAACUAGAAGAAAAAGUAAACUGGAUCUCUAUGUCCUAGAUUUUGUACAUACUGAAACUGCAUGGAAUUUAAAUUAUUGUUUGUCUCUGAUGUAUGCAGUUUCUUUAAAAAAAAUC